AUGUCGAAGAAAGCUGAUCAGCCCUUCAAAUUCAAAAGGCGCAAGAAAGGUGUAUGCGUGAUCGACCUGGCCCGCGAGUACAAUCGCAACACGUCGACCAUUUACAGCAUCCAGAAGGAUAAGGAGAAACUGAAGGCGGCCACCGUUUCGAAAGGUGUAUCGCGGCAGUCGGACAAACGCUCGCAAGCUAUGGACGAUGUGGAACGGUUGCUGCUCGUUUGGAUCGAUGAAAAGCGUUUGCAGGGCGAGACCGUUACGCAGCCCAUCAUCUGCGAGAAAGCGAAACGGAUAUUUAACGAGCUGGUCGAAAAGAUGCCUUUGCCGUCCAAUGGCAAAGUGGAAGCGUUUAAAGCAAGCAACGGUUGGUUCGAGCGGUUCAAGCAACGGACUGGAAUUCAAAGUUAA